ACUUGUUUUGAAAAAAUAAGCCUUGGUUGGUUACCUAUGAAGCUCUGUUUGUGGGAUCGCACAUAAGUCUAUAUCGAAAAUGAAAUUCCAUGCGUUGUCUUUAUGGGCAAUAUUGGGACUUGUUGGAACCAAGUUUUCUCUGUCUCAUGCUCAAUAUGAAAAUAAUCAUAAUUCAUCAUUGUUAGAUGUUCCCAUUAGUUUCCUUAGCAAAUUAACCGGACUAGUCGGAAGUGCCAAAAAAGCACAACCCGAUUCCACUGCACGUGCUACCGAUGCUACUCACUUCAUCAUUUUAGCUCAAAGUGGAUCGAAUCUUCGUAGCAAAAAUGGCAAUAACGCGAUUCAUGAGUUUGUUAAUGAAGUGACAAACUCAAUUGCCGCCCUAAAUGGUAAUAAUCGCAUUUCCUUGGUAGACUUUUCUGGAAUCACAACCAAAUGGCUAACGAAAAGGAAAAUAAACAAGGAGACGAUUAGGCAUAUAAACUUCAAAAUUGAUAAGAUGUUUGAACGAAAACAUAGAAACAUUCACGCUAAUCUUGGAGCUGCCUUGAAAUUCCUACGUGAACAUCUUUACGACAAUGGCAAUUCAUAUAUUCUAAAUGAUACAACCACUGAACUGGCUUUUGGAAACACACUGGGUAAAAACACCGUGGUUUUCAUUUUCACAGCGGGUUAUGUAGGUGACCAGGAUUCAGCUUUGAAAGAAGCAUUUGAAGCACGUCGUAAUGGUGUAAGAUUUUACGUUAUUAAUGCAGGAGUUAAAUCAGAUAGUUGUUUGUCCCAGUUGGUAGGCUGCCGUCAUAACUACCAUUGUCCGAAUUAUGUCGCCACAUAUACAGCCGACGCUCUUAAUAAGGUAAGAAACAUAGUAAAACGCAUAGGAACGGAUCACACAAGGGAUGCUGUCUGUUUUGAAGAAUGGUCUCCAUAUUCAUCAUGCAGCAAGCCUUGCGGUACAGGAAUGAUGACCUCUCAAUUACUCCAAUAUAGAACUGUAGUGUCACCGAGCAGAGAUAACGGUUUCUUUGGUCGUACAUGUGAUGAACAAUUUAGUGGUGUGAAAACCAAGCAUUUAAUGUGCAACAUGCAAUCAUGUGGUUCGAAUCGUGGUAAUUUUAGCAACGCGAAGGGAUCACAACACCGUAUGAGACGUGGAGAAGCCGGGCGUUUGGUGCCAAGAAAUCAUCCAACAUUCCUCCAAUUGCAAUCUUCCAACGGAGCUGAUGAUGAUGAUGAGUUUAUAUUAACGCAGGACGAUCGUGAACUUUCCAAGGUAAAGGUUGAAUCGGAAUGGUAUAAACCUAAGGUUCAACCCCCUACCAUAUCUGAACCCGUUCAAAAGUCUCGAGAAGAUUUAGAAAAACUUAGGAAAGGCGACAAUGUUGACGCCCAGAGGCAUAAACAUAUUCCUCAAUUGUAUGACGGUGAUAAAGGUCUUGACCUGAUGCUACAAUACGCAGGCUAUCCAAAUCAUUAUCUACCAAAAUGUAAGGCCAGGGGUAAGGAUUAUGUAAUAGCGCUGGAAAAUACUACCGGAUAUUCACCUCAAGAUUGGUCUGAUCUUCAUGCUUAUGUCAAACUACUGGCUUAUACACUAUCUUCUGCCAACGCUACUAACACUCUGUCGUUGGUGCGAUUCUCAAAUGAGCAGAAAACUUUGUUGGACAAAGUGGUGCUUAACUGGGACAAUAUAAGAUACAUAUCGACGAAAAUUGACGAGAUGUUUGAAAAUUCCGCCAAGGAGCCGCAGGCAUAUUUGGGAAGUGCGCUCAAAUACAUGAGAGAACACAUUUACCCCAAUGGAGAGAAGUAUCUGCUUAAUGAUAAGGAGACUAAAUUGGCAUACGCAAAUGCCGCAGGAAAGGAUACUGUCGUCUUCAUACUUACUAAUGGUAACGUUGCGGACUAUGAUGCAGCCUUAAAAGAAGCAUUUGACGCACGUCGUAAUGGUGUUACUUUCUAUGUAGUCGAUUUAGACUCCACAUUGAACAUCUUUUGGGGAGAUGUGAUAGGUUGUCGCUACCAUUAUAAAUGCCCAACUUAUUUGCAAAAGUUACAUUGGAGUGUCAUGGGUCAAAUUGAUCCAGCUGUCAAACGCAUAUGUGCCGAACCUCCCAAAGAUGCUGUGUGCCUCGAAAAUUGGACACAAUAUUCGUCUUGUAGCAAGCCAUGUGGCGCAGGUGUCAUGACGGCCGUUUUGAAGGACUUCACAACCGUGCUCACCCAUAGUGAUGAAUAUGGAUCCAUGGGGAAUACAUGUGAAGAACAGUUGCGUAAUGUCAAGGAAAAGAAGGCUCUUUGCAACAUUAGUCCUUGCAAGCCUGGCACCAAUGUACCAUUAGACAGUGCUUCGGAUGCCGUACCAAUGCCGGCCGUUUCUGCAGAUAUCAAGGAAAUGCCUGCUACACCCCCUGUUGAAGAAGGAAACAUUAAUGGAUCUGAACAGCAACAUACGCCAAGGCGUGAGGAAGAGGGUGUUUCUAACUCAGAUUCGCAAAGUCAUGAGUAUUCCCAGCCUUCAAAACAUGAUAGUGCUAGGGGAUCAGAGACAGAAACUGGUGUUAAUACCGAAUUGAAUGGGAAAGCAUCGGAAGGAAGUGACACAUUAUCUGCUACAAACCAGCUGCGUGAUGAAGGAGUAGAACAGAAGAAGGCUUCAAAAGAACCAAGUACCACAGAAAAGGAGACUACAGGCAAUGAUAUCUCGCAACCGGAAAGUCAGGCAAUUGAUACCAAUGAUAAUAGCCAUGAGACUCAAACUCAAAAUGUAGUAGAGAGUGAAAGAGACUCUCCAGUUAAAAACGAAAGUACGAUCUCAUCGGAAAUCCCGAAGGUGGAAAGUAAUAGGGAUGUCCCAUAUAUAUCGGGAACCAUGCCCAAACCUACCCAAUACCUAAACAACAAUGCAAACAACGUUACAAAGAACAAGGAACCCACAAACGAACCACCUGCAUCAAAGAAAAACGUAAAAGUAUUCAUAGGUGCUGCAAUUGCUGUAAUCAUUGGAAUACUUAUAGCUCGUGGAUACAUACGACUAAAUAGAGCAACGCGUGAACAAUCAGAUAUCGAUGAAAAUACCUUCUUGAACGACACUACGGGCGGUCAACCUGAAGUACUCGAAACACAACAAGUUGUGGAUGCAGAGAACAAAACAUGGUUGUAAGACACGAAACGAGUUGUCACAGCCAACAUAUACAAAUGCAGUUUAA